AUGACCGAUCAAGAUCAACGCCUGGCCGAUAUUCAACAUGAGUAUCUCAACUUCUUAGAUGAUGAGCAAGAUCAAGGCAUGUAUAUGGCGCACGUUCGUAAGAUGAUCAACGACAAGCACAAGCGAUUGGUCGUCAACAUUAAUGAUGUACGGCGCAAGAACCCAAACCGAGCUACGGCGCUGCUAAACAGUGCGUUCGACGAACAGCUAGCAUUUUGUCGCGCGUUGAAAGAAUACGUAUCAACAAUCGAUCCAAAUUAUGCCAAGACGCAUCAAGAAUUUCACGUCGCUUUUGAGGGUAGCUUUGGCAACAAGCACGUGACGCCACGAUCGUUGACAUCACGCUUUUUGGGCAAUCUUGUGUGCGUCGAGGGCAUCGUGACAAAGGUGUCGCUCAUUCGUCCAAAAGUAGUUCAGAGUGUCCACUACUGCCCAGCAACUAAGAAAGUCAUGGAACGUAGAUAUACUGAUUUGACGUCCUUCGAAGCAGUACCCACAAGUGCGCUUUACCCUACACGGGAUGACGAUGGUAACUUGCUUGAGACAGAGUUCGGUCUGUCCGUGUAUAAAGACCAUCAGACGUUGAGCAUUCAGGAAAUGCCGGAAAAGGCACCAGCAGGUCAGCUUCCCCGCUCAGUCGACGUGGUGUGUGAUGACGAUCUUGUCGAUCGUUGCAAACCGGGCGAUCGGGUGCAGAUAGUGGGUAACUACCGUUGUUUGCCAGGAAAGCAGGGUGGCUACACGACUGGCACAUUUCGUACCGUUCUAAUUGCAAAUAACGUUGGUCAGCUAAACAAGGACAGCACCUUGUCUGUUAGUGGACAGGAGAUAAAAAUGUGCAAGAAGCUUGCAAAAAAUAAUGAUAUUUUUGAUCUACUAUCGAAAAGCUUGGCUCCUUCCAUCCAUGGUCAUGAGUACGUCAAGAAAGCUAUCCUCUGUUUGCUGUUAGGAGGAAUUGAGAAAAAUCUUGCUAAUGGCACGCGCCUUCGCGGUGAUAUUAAUGUGCUGUUGAUUGGUGAUCCGAGCGUGGCAAAAUCACAACUGUUGCGGUACGUCCUCAAUACUGCUCCGCGAGCCAUCACCACUACCGGUCGCGGAUCGAGUGGUGUUGGGCUGACAGCUGCCGUGACAACAGAUCAGGAAACUGGAGAACGACGUCUCGAAGCAGGCGCCAUGGUAUUGGCCGACCGGGGUGUUGUCUGCAUCGAUGAGUUUGACAAAAUGAGCGAUAUUGACCGCACUGCCAUUCACGAGGUGAUGGAGCAGGGUCGUGUCACCAUAUCGAAGGCUGGUAUUCACGCGUCGCUAAAUGCACGUUGUUCUGUGCUGGCUGCUGCUAAUCCCGUGUACGGGCGAUAUGACCAGUACAAAACACCAAUGGAAAAUAUUGGACUUCAGGAUUCGUUGCUCUCUCGGUUCGAUUUGCUGUUCGUCAUGUUGGACGUCAUAGAUAGUGACCACGAUCGCAUGAUUUCGGAUCAUGUAGUGCGUAUGCAUCGCUAUCGCAACCCGAAGGAACAGGAUGGUUCCGUUUUGCCUAUGGGGACCAGUGUUGUGGAUGCGUUAACGACCAUCGGGCGCUCAACCGAUGCGGCUGGCCAGGACGAAGACCAAACGCCUCCACCAAUGUACGAACGGUAUGAUCCCUUGUUGCACGCGUCUUUGCGCCAGCGUACCGAUCAGAUUCUGUCGGUGGAAUUUAUGCGCAAAUACAUACACAUUGCUAAAUGUUUGAAACCUAAGCUGACCGAGGCGGCUUGUGAGUUGAUAUCCAACGAAUAUUCUCGUCUCCGUUCGCAAGACCUGAUGGAUUCGGCUGGUGUGGCCCGCACGCAACCGGUAACCGCUCGUACGUUGGAGACACUCAUUCGUUUGUCAACGGCACACGCUAAAGCCCGCAUGGCACGUUACGUGAAUGAACAAGACGCCCAGGCCGCGAUAGAAUUGAUCCAGUUUGCAUAUUUCAAAAAGGUACUUGAGAAAGAGAAAAAAAAGCGUCGCCGUACGGAGCAAGAGGAUGGCUUCGCUUCAUCGUCAGAUGAAGCAGCUGCACACGAAGAUAGCAUUUCAUCGGCGACACGCCAUUCUAAACGCACGCGCACAGAUCAGAAUGACAUGGAUGAUGUUGAUACUAUGGACGAUGAACAACUGGGAAUAAUACGAACGGAUCCAGGGGAUUUAACUCGUCGAACUAGCAUUGCCACCGGUACUGGCACUAGCGACGAAAUGAUGGUGGUAGAACCUGAAGGUGAAAGCAACAAGGUAGUAGCAACAAUUGACGAGAGGCGUUUAAAGCUAUUUCGGCAGGGUGUAUUUAUGGCAUUUAAACACUUCCAUGACCAAUCAGUGUCACUUGCGAGGCUAACACAUCAUAUCAAUGAAAACAGCGGCGAGGAGGCUUUCAAUCGUGGCGAAGUUGCAGCAGCCGUAAGCCAAAUGACUGAAAGUAACAAUAUAAUGGUUCAUGACGAUAUGGUGUUUUUGAUUUGA